AUGCUUCCAGAAGUCUCGCCAAAGUCUUACCGAAGUCUUACCGAAGUCUCCCCAAAGCCCCACCAAAGCCUCCCCAAAGUCUCCCCAAAGCCCCACCAAAGCCUCCCCAAAGUCUCGUUCGCUUUCGAAGGUGCCAUCGGAAACAGUUACGGGCCCGAAAAGGUCGGAUUAACGGCACGAGACCAGGGUCCACUCCUACUAGAACUUGAGGAUUGCUUGUCCUACGGAGUGAGCAAGAGCAACAAGUUCGGUAGGAUCAGUUACUCCAUCUCCCUAGCCCUGAGGGAUAAAGAGGAGUUUGUGUCAGCCCAGAAACUGGUGGAAAAGGAGUCCGCCGAUCACGUCGGUAACCCGGGUGAAAACAUCAUGAAAUGUCUUUACCGGAAGGGCAGCACUCCGACCCUAUACGUAAAUAUCGACGAUGAAACGGAGAUCUACCCUCCAAAAGGGGACGAACCCGUAGACCACAAGAAAUAUCAGGACAAGAGGUUCCGUCUUGAAGCAAUCAUCAAAAUCGAGAGCAACUAUGUGUCCAGCGAUGUAACCUCCAUCCAGGUGAAGCUGCAUGAGGCAAACAUAUUGGAGGAAAAACCCAAAGCACCGAGGAAGAGACUUCUACGACGACGGGAUUAA